GUCAUGCAGGCUGGUGCCAUGUCUGGCGUCUCUCGAUUCGCCACGCGCUCGUCGCAAGGCAACCGACUCGUUUAAUCGGUACGAGAGAACGCGCGACGCGGCCGCCCGUUGCCCGCCGAUUUAAACAGUCACAAAUUAAAAAAUAAAAUUAAAAACUCUACGCCGUGCGCGAGUUCUAAUUUCAAAAAUUUGCAAAAUCGCGCGUUUUCGUUUUGAACUGUCAAUGACAAGUGUCAAAUUUUGAGGGUCUUUGACAAAAAUGUAGUUUUGUAUCGGCAUUUCGGGGGAUUUAUGUUUUGCAAAAAUCAAAUGUAGUAUUUCUGUUCCCCUGACAAGUUUUUGUACUUAGGUACUUUGUUUUUGAGUAACAGCUUAAUAGUUUACGUACAAGUUAGGUAUUUUCGUGUGUUUGUUUACUUGAGAAAUUGUGCCGGAACAGAAAGUUUGGAAGAUGGAGAAGACCGGAGGAUCUAGGCUGCUACAGAUGCAGGCGAGAUUCCAACAGAAGCAACUCCAAGAGCGCGAGCUGAAGAUCGCGUCUCUGUACGAGGCCCAGCAGGCCAGGGCGUUGGACCGCGUCCGACACUCGCCCAGCAAUGGCAUGGUCAACGGGACCAAGGCCAGUACACCGCAGGAGGCGCAGGUCCCUGUCCACCCUGGAAAGGUGCGUCAAAUGUUCGAGGAGCGGCGAACUAAGGCCGGAAUAGACAAGAGCUACCCUCUCCAACCUAUCCACAACACAGACCGACCGGCGCCAAGGAAGGCCUUGCCCAAUGGAUUUACGAAGGUGACCACAACCAACUCUAGAGUGGUGGAGAAGAAGAAGCAAGUCACUGCCACCAAGCCUGUCAAGAAGACGACACAGCAUAAAAUAGAAAACAUGGUGAAUGGCUCCGGCGAUCUCAACCACAACCAUGAACCGGACUUGAAUGCUGGUAAACGAACUCUGCCACAGAACAACGGCGAACUGAUCACCAGCAUCGACGCACUAGACAAGGCCGACAACAACUAUCUGUUAGAGGACGAGACCUUCCCGGAAGCGCUUGCGCCGACUCCCACGCCGAGGUCACCUGAACCCAGUGAACCUAAGCGCCCACCGAGGAGGAGUCCCGCAAACAGAGUCAGUCCAGUCAAAACGAAGCCUUCACCACAGCCCGUGGCGCCACCACGGAAAACCACCAGUGAUAAUGCUGUGUCCCAGGGUUCGAAGUCGAAAGGGGCUAUGCAAUGCGCUCCGGUGCCAAGGAGACCUGCUGUGGGUAACUCUCGCACGACUGGGCAGAUUCGCCGCACAACGGCCGCGGCUCCAUCGAGUGGCGGUCAAGGCGAGCCGUGCGCCGUGUGCGGUCGGCGCUUCGCCCCCGACCGGCUGCAGAAGCACCAGGAUAUCUGCAAGAAGGCCAACAACAAGAAGCGGAAGCCCUUCGACGCUUUGAAGCAUCGGCUUGCGGGUACGGAGGCUGAGAAUUUCAAGGGCACAGAAGCCGAGCCCUUCAUCAACAAGUUACGCAAACAAGCCCACACCACUGGCACCGCGUCGUCGACGAAGGUCAACAAACCACUGAACAACAACUGGCGACAGAAGCACAACGAGUUCAUACAGGCCAUCCGCGCUGCUAAACAGGUGCAGGCGCAUAUCAACGCCGGAGGCAAGCUUAGCGACCUACCACCACCACCGCCCUCUGAGAACCCAGACUACAUCCAGUGUCCACAUUGCAACCGUCGCUUCAACCAGACCGCGGCGGAGAGGCACAUCCCCAAGUGCGCCACAUACCAGUUUAACAAACCCAAAUCACAACCAGCGGCAAGGAAGCGGUAACCACGUCACCGUCCCAUACUGGAUCUAACGAUUGUUUCGGUUGACGGUUGGUAACUCUAUUUUAUUGGUUGAAAAAUUGCAACGAGUGAUAAAUAUUCAAUUUAUAAACUGAAUUUCGGUUUUAGGUUAUAAAAUUUGGCGCCAGUUGAUUUUUUUUUUAUCGUAUUUAACGGUUUGACUACUGCAUGCUUUUGUGGAAAUAAGACUUUGUAGUGCCUUACACCACUGGAUAUCGUUACCAACCGACGGCCAAACAGUUUUCUGGCUGUUCGAUAAAUUAGGAACAAAUUAUACGUUAGGGAUUUAAAUUUCCUGCUCUCUUUACUAACUAUACUGACAAGGAUCAAGGAAAGACAAUAUUAAUACUAAGUUCCUAAGAGAACAUUUUACUACGGCUCUUUUAAACGCUAUGGCUGUAUCCCCACGCUCAAGACAACCGAGUCCUUAUCCUAAAAACGUGGUGAUCGAUACAGUGUUACAAGCAUUUUUUACUUAUGCGCUUUUUUAUUUAGUCAAGAAGUUUUUUGACAUUAUUACUCCUAUCAUACCUAUUUAUAUAAACGCGAGCCGUAGGAGGAAGUAGUUUUUAUUGAAUUUAAGACAAAUUGUAUAAUUAGAGAGAUUUAUUUUAUAAGCGUGUGCAGAAGUUGUGGCAUAAGUACGUAACAGAUGCCUUGCCAAACGUUGUUUAAGUGCAAUUUGAACGCUACAAAAACACCUUUUCCUAUGCGCACCGAACAGCGCAAAACUGUGAAAGACCAUAUUUUAGAAAUAAUUUCUAAAUUUCGCAAAGCAGUGAGCAAAUUUCUGCGAGUUAAAGAUCUCAGUAAAUAAGUAAUUGCACACUCACAUUGCGAUCUAAAGUGUUAGCAAAGCGAAGGUGAAGGUGAGGCAUUGGAUAUUGCCUCGUAACAUCUGCAUACGGCUUUAUAAUGUACGUUAAAAGUAGAUUUCAAAGGUUCUACCAAAAAUGCAUCGACAGAUUUAAACGAUUUAACAGGUAUUCAAAAAAGAAAAUUGACAGCAUGGGUUUAAAUUCAUAUGAAUACCAGCCCGACUGUCUGUUUGUGUUUCCAUCGACAGUGAUACAAAUUAAGAAUAUCGACUUAUUUUUGUACGGUCUUAUCAUCACUUGUGCAAUGCUCAAGAUUACGUUUGGAUUCCUGUUGCCGCUCAUUCUAUAAUCUUCACUUAGUAAAUACUAGAUUUGCCAUAAAAAUGUUGGGACCUAAUAACGUGUUAAGUUUUCUAAACAAGUAACGUUAUUGUAAUAACAGUGCAAAGAUUUUUGAUAGCUAUUGACGUUUGUACAAAAAUUAUGCUUUUUAAAAAUGUUAACUUAGCAAAAUGUUAUUGGGAUAAUAAUAUAAAUGUACUAUAUUUUUU